GAGAACUCUUUGCAUAUGUAAUGUGUAACGGCCUCUGCUCUUUCUCUCACUCUAUAUAUAUCGUCUUCCUCGUUUCUCAAUCCUCCGUGCAACUCUCUCUACCUUCUCUGAACUCUAGAGCUAACGAAACAAUACUAAGCCAGAGGCAGUGAACAAAGAAGAUACACAAAUCUUUUUCACUCGUUCAUUUGUUGUUUCUUCUUAACUCCGACUAUGAGGAUUCAACACGCGACGGAGAUGCCCUCGGCGGAACUGAAGCAGUUCAUGUGCGCUGCCGUGCAGCGGAGGAGAGACGACGACGGAUUCCGAGGCUCGAGAGGUGGUAAAUCGAGAAAUGCGAUGGAUCUUGAUUCCGACGCCGGAAACAGAUUGGUUUGUGUUACCGGCGGCGUUUCUUACCUCGGUCGCGCCAUUGUUAAGCGACUCCUUGUUCAUGGAUACUCCGUGAGAAUCGUCGUCGAUUGUCCAGAGGACAAAGUGAAAGUGAGUGAGAUGGAAGCUGACGCUGAAACGGCGUCGUUUAGCAACAGGAUUGCCUCAGUAGUUUCACGAUUAACAGAGACGGAGAGUUUGAUUAAAGCAUUUGAUGGUUGCGCUGGCGUUUUCCACACCGCUGCAUUUGUGGAUCCAGCUGGAAUCUCUGGUUAUUCGAAAUCAAUGGCGGAAUUAGAAGCAAAAGUGAGCGAGAAUGUAAUAGAAGCAUGUACAAGAACAGGUUCAGUGAGAAAAUGCGUCUUCACAUCAUCUCUCUUAGCCUGCGCUUGGCAAGACAGUUCUUUUAACAGUCUUGAUCAGUACUCUGUUAUCAACGAAGAAAGCUGGAGCGAUGAACAACUCUGCAUUGAUAAUAAGCUUUGGUAUGCGCUUGGAAAACUGAGAGCCGAGAAAGCUGCGUGGAGAAUCGCAGAUUCAAAAGGAUUAAGGCUUGCCACUAUCUGUCCUGCUCUUAUAACUGGUCCUGAUUUCUUCAACCGUAACUCCACUUCAACCUUGGCUUAUCUCAAAGGAGCGAAAGAGAUGUAUAGCAACGGAUUAUUAGCGACAAUGGAUGUGAACAGGUUGGCUAAAGCCCACGUAUGUUUAUGGGAAGGUUUGGGUAAUAAAACCGCGUUUGGUAGAUACAUUUGUUUCGACACUAUUCUUUCUAAAGAUGGGGCCGAGAAGCUUGCUAAAGAUAUUGAUGUCCAAAUCGAAAAGAUUUGCGGUAGCAGCGACUCAGACGCAAACGCGGAAGAUUCUCGUCCUAAUUUACAAACCAUAUCAGAUAAAAAGCUUUUAGAUCUUAUGUCAAGAACUCUACGAAGUUGCUAUCAUGAAAGUUAGCUAGAGUCGACAAAAACUUAAGGAGGAUGCAGUUUUAAGCUAGGGAUGUAAUGCUUGCUCUUAUUCUUUUCUUCUUAUUUAUUUAUUUAUAUAUAUGUGCUUUAUUAUUUUAUCUUAUCUUCUUUAUAAUCAUUAUUAUCUGUACGAAUGUGUUUUUUUUUUUUAAUGUAUGGAGUGAGGUUGUUGCAAAGGGCGGUAGAGUAGGUAUUCGUUGUGAUUUAUUUUCCAUCUUAUUGAAAAAAAU